AUGAUAAGUGAGUUCGAAAAUUUGUCUCUCGGAGGUAAUAAUGCUGCUAGUAAUCAUGCAGAUCCUUUUACCCAUGCCGAGUUGACACCUGAGCAACAAAAAACUUUAAUAGAUAUAAGACGCAGGAAAACAGAAUUGCUUUUGGAAAUUCAGGCUGGCCCUGGGGCCGCUGAAGAAGAGCGCCGUGGAUCCGUAUCAAAUUGGUUUUCGUCGCUUAGACGAGGCGGCCGCCGAAGACGUGAAGAUACAACUGUCCCUUCUGGCUACGGGUCUUUAGGACGGAGAAAAGAUGGCACACAGUCCAGGGGCAAGACGAGAUCCGCCUGGGAUCUCACCACCGUCACCAGACUGCAACUUAAAGAUGAACUGGGCGAGGUUGUGGCGGAACUCGAGGCUCUGGACGGCCAAGAGGAGUGCAAACAGAACAGUAAAGCCAAACAGAUGAGUAUAGGCAGAAAGAAAUUCAACAUGGACCCAAAAAAAAGGUAUAGAAUACCUUUACGAAAACGGACUGUUACAAAGGACACCUGA